UUGCUGUUUUGUUUUUCAUGGUUUCUAUGCUGUUCUCGUUUAGCCAAUUUUCUCCCAGAAGUAUGUUGAGAAAAUCAAAUGAAAACAUUUGAACUGUCUAAUGUACUUUUGACAAUAUUAACUCUUAACAAGAACUGUUAGUAUUGGAACUGUAUGAGUAAUAUUUUAUAAUUUUUCAAACCAACUGAACAAAUAUGGAGCAAAAAGAAGAAAAAGCAUUUGAAGUUGUUUUGGAUGCUUACAUCAAUCGGGCCACAGAUCUGAAAAACUCAAUAUCUUCGUUUAUUAUGAAAUUGGAAACUGAAUCUUUAAAUUGGCCAAAUGUUUUGGACAACUUUGCUCUUCUGUCUGGACAAAUCAAUACACUACUGAAGAUUCUAAGGAAUGAAAAAACACCUUUACUGAGAAAUAAAAUUCUGUUGCCACUUGUGCUGUCUCCAGAUAGAGAUGAAGAACUUGCGAAACUUACUGAAAACCGAGUACAUGCAUUCAAUCAUGAAAUUGUUCCGGACUACUUGCGAACAAAGCCUGAUCCGGAAGUUGAAGCACGCGAGCAGCAGCAUUUAGUCAAGAGCAUCAACAUGCAAAUGGACAUGGCUCAAAAACAAAUUACAGCUAUUAAUAAAAUUGUUAAUAAUGUAUUGGAAACAAUUAAAGCCAACAGAGAUGCUUGGGAAAAUGAUUCAGGUCAAAGAGCUAGUGCACAACAGACCUCUUCUUUAGCGGAUACUGGAGCUCUGAUUUGUGCCAUCACUGUUGGUAAGGGAUUGAAACCACCCACUGGUUCUCCAAAAGGACAGCCUACAAAUCCACAACCUCAGCCCCAGCAACCCACUCGACCCGCUUCAGGAGGAAAAGUACCCAGUGUUAUUAAAACUAAUAUUAAAUCAGCAGGAAGUAUGCACCCAUAUGCCAGAUGAUUUACUGUUCAUAACUUGUAUGAUGUUUUGCUUAUUUAAUGUCAUUUGUAAGUACUGAUGGAAAAAUAAAUAUUU